AUGACCAGACGAAACGUCAUUCCGCUCCUUGCUGUGCUCGUCGUCCUUUCCAUAACUGCAUUCUUUUACUCCGACAUACGCACCAGUGAGACGUGGAGGAGUUUGCCUCAGCAUGUGGGCUUGGGCGAACACAUUGGCAGCAAUGCGCAACCGCAUAGCGCGGACCCAUCGGGCGACCCUGACUACACGAAUUGGAAUCCAAAACCAGUGUUCAAACCAGGCUCACCGAUGCCCCCGGCGCAUAAUUUCACAUCGACACUGAUAAUUGCAAAGACAAAGAAAGAGGAUAUCAGUUGGGUACUGGAAAAGUUGCCGGAGCAAGACAGAGCCGUCUACGUCGCAGACGAUCCAACUGCGCCGUUACAUCCCCCAAAGAACAAGGGCCACGAAGUCAUGAUCUAUCUAUCGUGGAUUAUUGACAACUACGAUAACCUUCCUGACGUCGCCAUCUUCAUGCAUGCGCAUCAAUUAUCAUGGCACAAUGACAUACUCCUGGGUAGCGACGCACACGAAAUGAUCGCUCGUCUGAGUCGGCCACGCGUUUGGAGAGAAGGUUUUGUGAACAUGAAGUGCACUUGGGCCCCGGGCUGUCCGGAAUGGAUGCACCCAGGUGUGAUGGAUCAAGACAAGAACAAACCAGAAGAGGUUCUCCUUGCAAAGUCCUGGAGCGAGCUUUUUCCCCUUGACGCAAUCCCUAGUGUGCUGGCGCAGCCUUGUUGCGCCCAAUUUGCUCUCUCACGAGAACGGAUACAGGCAAAGCCCUUGGCGCAGUACGUCUGGUACCGUGACUGGGUAUUCAACACACAAUUGACCGACUCCUUGAGCGGGCGCAUCUUUGAAUACAUCUGGCAGUUCAUCUUCACAGGUCAAAACAUUUUGUGUCCAAAAGAACAUGUCUGUUUCUGCGAUCAGUACGGCGUUUGUUUUGGUGGUGAAGAAGAAUACGACAACUUCAAGGCUCUUGCGGCCGAGUUGGGCGAUAACCAAGGGAAGCUCAUGGACUGGUAUCAGAGGACAGCGUAUAUCGCAGAAGCGAAGAAAGAAGGCAAUAUGCAACUGCUAAAGGAAAUCGAGACGCCUGAGCCAGGCAAGGACGAGGAGUAUAGGAGAGAGAUUGACCGCUUGAAACCGGUGGUCGAUCAGUUAAGACAUGACGCCUAUAUUCGAGGCGAGGACCCGCAAAAUCGCGCGUUGGAGGUGGGAAGGGAGUGGAAGGAGGGCGAUGGUUUCUGA